AGCGAGGUACAAAAAUAAUAACAAAGCUGAACAAAAGAAAAUCCCAAAUUGCAAUUUCAUUGGCUUACCAAAUCUUUUGAGUGAAGGAAGUGAAGAAACAUCAGUGUUUUUCUCUCGAAGUAGUGCAUCUCAAUCGCAUACAAGGUAGCGUAGUGAUACAGACUACAUAAUUAAGAAUUAAAUUUGGCUAGAGCUAUGUCGCACCAAGUGUAACAUCCGAGUGACGUCGAGGUCAAUCGUUGGGAAACUCCCCGAAAAAGUGAAAUUAGAAGAGUGUUCGUAUAGGUUCAUAAGUAAUCGGGAAAACUGACUUCGCAUCUGGAACCGAACAACUCCAAUGUUAUCAGCUGUGGUGGUGGUCUAGCGACAAAAGCUGCAGCUAUCAUGGAUUAUAUGUUGGACGCAUACGUGGGCUACGACAUUGGCACCGUGGCAGAACCGGAUGAUAUCCCCAAAACGGACGAGGCUGUUUGGAUCCUAGGCAGGCAGUACAAUGCAGCUCAAGAUCUUGAAAGCAUCCGGAAGGAUGUGCAAAGCAGACUGUGGUGCACGUAUCGGCGCGGAUUCGUAGCGAUCGGUGGCUCUCAGCACACCUCGGACAAGGGCUGGGGUUGUAUGCUACGAUGUGGUCAGAUGGUUCUAGCCGAGGCACUUCUGCAGCUACAUUUGGGGCGCAACUGGAGCUGGACGGCCGAGACCAACAACCAAACCUAUCUGGACAUAGUCAACCGAUUCGAGGACAAUAAGCAGGCCCCAUUUUCGCUACAUCAAAUAGCACUGACCGGGGAAUCCUCGGAGGAGAAGCGCGUCGGCGAAUGGUUCGGCCCCAAUACGGUGGCACAGGUGUUGAAGAAACUAGUCAAAUUUGACGAUUGGUGCAAUUUGGUGAUUCACGUAGCAUUGGAUAAUACAGUGGCCACGGAUGAUAUUCUGGAGCUAUGUGUGGAUAAUACGGAUCCCACCGGUUGGAAACCUCUGCUUCUAAUCAUACCACUUCGACUAGGAAUAAGCGAAAUUAAUCCUAUCUACGUCGAUGGACUCAAAAAGUGCUUUGAACUGCCGGGAAGCUGUGGAAUGAUCGGUGGCCGUCCGAAUCAAGCUUUAUACUUUAUCGGCUAUGUAGGCAACGAAACACUCUACCUCGAUCCACACACCGUACAACGAAGUGGGUCGAUUGGGACGAAGAUCGAGCAAGACGAACGGGAACUAGACGAAACCUUUCACCAGAAGUACGCUCGGCGGAUCAAUUUCAGUGCAAUGGACCCCUCGUUGGCGGUUUGCUUCGAAUGUCGAACGCGCAAGGAUUUUGACGAACUGAUGCGACGAAUCGCAGAAGAGCUGACCAGCGGCACAAGCUGCCAGGCUCUCUUUGAGUUAACGAAAACGCGACAGGCUCCGUGGACACCGACAACGGUUUCGUCGACCUCGUCGCGCAAAAACAGUGAACCAAAUGAGACAUUCAACGAAAUAUCGGCGAAUGAAAUCGUCAAUGAAGAGUUUGAAGAAGUGGAACACCGGCAGUUGGAUUCGGACGAGGAAUUCGAGAUCAUAGCGUAACGGAUGGCCUUUUUGAAAUGCGGAAACAUGGAACGGAACAGGAGAGACUUUAUAUUUGUGUCGAUAAGUUGUGAGGGGAAGUUUAAAAUACUAUCUGCUUAGUAAUAAGGAUUUUUAUUAAAAAUGACCAUUAAGACCAGGAAACGCUUUAUAGUUUUGGCAGAUUUGCCAAGAGCAUGAGGUCUUGUACAGAUUAUUGCUAUUUGUUGGCUUUCUAAGACACCGAUCAAUUUUUUUUUUUCAAAAAAUCACAACUAAAAAACGAAGAAACAAGAAAAACCUGUAAAUUUUUUAGGACUCUUUUCCUCUUUCAUUACACUUUAUCAAACACCAAUGUUAAAAGUCAGUAUAUUUUUGUCGCGAAGUUUGAAGCUAUCUGAAAAUCUUUUGUCUUAACUGUUGUACUACGGCAAAAGUCUUUGUCCAAAAAUGAAACCAAUGUUUAUAUGCUUAUGAGAGUGACAAAACAAUCUAGGGAAUACAAAUAAAUCUCACAUUUCCCCUCAAAAAGUGAUAAAAUUAACAAA